CCUAGGACCUAAGGGCAGACACAUCAGUUGGAGCUCAAUUGUUGAUCAGAUCACAUCUAAGGGAUUUAGGAGCGCAGAAGAGCCGAGAUUUGAGGAAAGACACCCCACUGAAUCCAUCCACACUCCUCCUCCUCCUCCUCCUCCUCCACACCCACAUUACAAUACAGCUCUGACAGAAAGAAAUCAGAACGAAACAGAAAAUUAUCAGAUCGCUUUUCCUCUCGCCCAGCCUGACUUCUGUAAAAAAAAGAAAAAGAAAAAAUAGAAAAGGCACGAGGGAGAGAGACCCGAACCAGCCGGGUUUGUUCCGCCCCCCCUCCCCAGCUCCGGCUGCUCAGUUUCCCUCCUCCCCCUGACUUCUUUUUUUUUUCUUUUUUAAAUUCCUUCCCCCCCACCCUCCCACCCCCCUUUUAUACUUCUGCUGCCGCCGCCGCCGCCGCCGUGUUUGCGCCCUGGAGAUGUCCUUCCCCCAGCUGGGCUACCCGCAGUAUCUCAGCGCCAGCCAGGCGGUGUACGGGAGCGAUCGGCCCGGGGUGCUGGCUGCCGCCGCCGCCGCUGCCGCCGCCGCUGCUGCCUCGGGCCGGCCUGGGGGCGCGGAGCUGGGGAGCGGCUCGGCUGCUGUCACUUCGGUGCUGGGCAUGUACGCGAGUCCCUACAGCGCCCCCAACUACAGCGCCUUCCUGCCCUACACCGCCGACCUCAGCCUCUUCUCCCAGAUGGGCUCCCAGUAUGAACUGAAGGAUAAUCCAGGUGUCCACCCUGCUACCUUUGCUGCCCACACUGCCCCUGGCUAUUACCCCUAUGGACAGUUCCAAUAUGGGGACCCAGGGCGGCCCAAGAAUGCCACCAGGGAGAGCACUAGUACCUUGAAGGCCUGGCUGAAUGAGCACAGGAAGAACCCCUACCCCACCAAGGGGGAGAAGAUCAUGCUGGCCAUCAUCACCAAGAUGACUCUCACCCAGGUCUCCACCUGGUUCGCCAACGCUAGAAGGAGACUCAAGAAGGAGAACAAAGUAACUUGGGGAGCAAGGAGUAAGGACCAAGAAGAUGGUAACCUCUUUGGGAGUGACAACGAGGGAGACCCCGAAAAGAACGAAGACGACGAAGAAAUCGACCUGGAAAGCAUAGACAUUGAUAAAAUCGAUGAGAAUGAUGGGGAGCAGAGUAAUGAAGAAGAGGAGGAGAAAUCUGAGCUCCUGCGACAAAGCAGCGAAGAUGAACAUUUGGAAAAAGAAAAGGGUUUGUCAUUGUCAGAAUCUGAAGGUCUCAAACCCAAAGACUCUUUCUCCCUGGUAAAGGAGGCCUCUGACAACAGUACACGAAUCAUAAAUCCCAAUGGACAGAAUAAUUUACAGGUGCCACCUCACAGCAAACCCAAGAUUUGGUCUUUGGCAGAGACAGCAACCAGCCCUGAUGGCGCCCUGAAGUCUUCCCCUCCUCCUCCUUCUCAUUCCCAGGUUAACCACACUUCCGCCCAGAUUCAGCAUCCGGCUUUCCUCCCUAGCCAUGGACUCUACACAUGCCAGAUUGGCAAAUUUCACAACUGGACAAAUGGGGCUUUCCUCACUCAGAGUUCCCUGUUAAACGUGAGGUCUUUUUUGGGAGUAAACCACCAUCAUGCUGCUCAUCAUAACCACCAUCUUCAGCCCCAGCAACAGCCUUCUGUAUUAACAGCAACCCUGGGAGCCCUAAGCAGUGAAAAACCUACAGAGAGGACCAGUCCCAAACACAUAGAAAGAGAAAAUGCACCAAGGACUGAAACCCCACCCCAGCAGUUAAAAUCGCCUUUCCAGCCUGUCCGUGACAACUCUUUGGCUCAGCAAGAGGGAACACCGCGAAUUUUAACAGCUCUCCCUUCUGCUUGAUUAAAUGGGUUGGUGAAAAAAAUAUUUCAGAGACUGGUAUAAAGGACAAAAAAAAAAAAUUUUGAAACGAUAUCUCCCAUCAAUCUCUCUUUGCAAUAAGGUGGUGCAAAUCCAUAAAAGCGAUCACACAAAUCUGUAGAUGGAUCCCCCUUCUCCACUGUACCAUUUCAGAUCGUGUUACUCUAACCAUUCUUGAAUUAUUUGUUUGGUAAAUGUUUCCCAUGUGUUUGCGUUUUUUUCUGUAUAUAGAGUGAUUUCAGAUUGUAAAUAGGGCGUCAGCAAAACUUGUCUAAAUCAUAUAUUUUGUCUAAUAAACUAAAUGAAAUUAUGAAAUCUCCUCAGGUAUGUAUUUUUGUUGUUGCAGAAUUUAAACUUAAAUUAAACAUCUAAUCAAACAUUUAUUGUUUUCCUCCUAAAUAUUAGAGAAUUUUUCCUUCGGUAAUUGUACCUUAAAAUCAUCCAAUUGAGGCUUUUUGCUUUACUGUUUGUGAAAGGCAUAUCCUCUAAGCCAAGCUGUGAAUUUUGUAUUUCAUACAUGUAAAUCUAAACAACUGAGUGCAAUUUUUUGUUGGCUAGCUAGAUGAUAAUUAUCCUUUCAACAAGUAAGGGACAAAAAUGCUCAGACACAUAUGAUCUUCUAAAGUGUAGGUGGUUUUAUUUCCAGUUACUCUAUACAAUUAAUUUUUGAAAGUAAAAAAAAAAAGAGAGAGAGAGAGAGAAUGAACUUCACUAACAUAUAACUUGACUUUAAAAAUCACUUUAUAAAUUGGAUCUCCCGUAAAUUGUGUAUUUAGUCCAUAUUUUGGGCUAAGUGGGAAAAUAGUGGAAUAGGAAAUUGUGCUUUGAUUUUUGAUCCAGUUAUUCUUAAACAGCUACAGAGGAAAUGGAACUUUUGAAAGAUGUUUCCACUUGAGAUUUAGUAAAAUUUUAAUAGAAAAUAGGGGGAAAUGAAAUUGCAGCUACUGCACUUUCCCAGAGUGUGUGUUACAAGUUUCUGUGCUUUUGGUUAGAAGGAGCCAGAAGAAAAAAAGAAGCUACCAGUUUAUAUAGGCGUGGUUUAGAUUGGCAUUAAUCUUCCAAAGACAAACCGUUACAAUUUGUAAUAUUUUCAGUGUUUCCUUCUUUUUUUUCUCCUAAAAGAGAACACGAAAUGAGCAUUGAGGUGCUAAUAAGCUACCAGAUGGUUGUUGAUGGUGGAAAAUGGAAAGAAGCAGCUGGGAAAGUCAUUAAGAAAUAAUGUGGUGACGCCCUAUCCAAACUGAACAAACCUCAGAACAGGAGUUGUCUGAAACAAGACUAGAUUUUGAAAUAAAAUAUUAAUAAAAU